GCACCAAGUCUCCACCUCCCCCAAGGCCAACGUGCGGGGACUGGCAGCGGGGCAGGCGGUUCUGCAGUUGGAGGGCGUCACCCCGCUGCGUGCACGCGCCUCCCUCGGGACUGCGCGCGGGGGGAGGCAGAGGCGGUUGCGCGGUGACGUCUCCGGGACGCCGACAGGUUCCUAUUGCCGCCGCUGCCAGGUUAUCUGAGAUGGUGAAUUGAAGAACUAAGUUUUCCAGGAUGAACAAAGUAAAAACAACAUCUGAGAAAAGUCUUACUAACAAUUCUCGGAUUGUGGGUCUGCUGGCACAGCUGGAGAAGAUCAAUUCAGAAUCUUUGUUGGUAGAAGCAGACACUGCCAGAUAUGUUACCUCAAAGAUCCUUCAUCUGGCUCAGAGUCAAGAAAAAACCAGGAAGGAAAUGACUGCCAAAGGUUCCCCAGCAAUAGAAGUUAUCCUCUCAACAUUGGAGAAUACAAGAGAUCUUCAGACUACUCUAAAUAUAUUAAAUAUCCUCAUUGAAUUGGUGUCAGUUGGCGGUGGUCGGAAAGCAAGUGCCUUAGUUUCUAAAGGAGGGACGCAGAUCUUGUUGCAGUUACUUUUGAGUGCCAGCAAAGACUCCCCACCCAAUGAGGAGUUAAUGGUGCAGCUUCAUUCCCUUCUUGCAAAAAUUGGUCCAAAAGAUAAAAAAUUUGGAGUUAAGGCUAGAAUCAGUGGCACUCUAAACAUCUCUCUGAAUUUGGUGAAACAGAGUUUGCAGAACCACAGGUUAAUCCUGCCAUGUCUUCAAGUACUAAGAGUAUACUCAACCAACUCUGUAAAUGCAGUAUCCUUGGGGAAGAAUGGAGUUGUGGAACUGAUGUUCAAGAUCAUUGGCCCUUUUAGUAAAAAGAAUACUGGCCUUAUGAAGGUUGCUUUAGACACACUUGCUGCAUUGCUAAAAUCAAAAACAAAUGCCAGGAGAGCAGUAGACAGAGGAUAUGUCCAUGUGCUUUUAACAAGUUACGUAGAUUGGCACCGUCAUGAUAGUCGACACAGACACAUGCUGAUCCGUAAAGGAAUCCUACAGUGCAUUAAAAGUGUUACAAAUAUCAAGUUGGGAAGGAAAGCUUUUAUUGAUGCCAAUGGGAUGAAAAUUCUUUACAACACUUCCCAAGAUUGUCUUGCUGUGAGAACUCUUGAUCCUCUAGUCAACACAUCAAGUCUUAUUAUGAGAAAAUGUUUUCCUAAAAACCGUCUUCCACUGCCAACUAUUAAAAGUGUUUUUCAUUUCCAACUACCAGUUAUCCCCAUUAGUGGUCCUGUGGCUCAGCUGUACAGUUUGCCUCCUGAAGUGGAUGACGUAGUAGAUGAAAGUGAUGACAAUGAUGACAUCGAAACAGAAAGUGAGAUUGAAAAUGAAAAUGAAGAUGACAAGGACCACCUCUUUAAAAAUGAUGAUAUAGAGACUGAUAUUAAUAAACUGAAACCAAGGCAAGAGUUGGGACGACCCACAGAAGAACUAAAAAUGUAUGAACAAUUUUUCCCAGAACUUUCAGAUAACUUUAAGGACUAUGACUUAGUCUUCAAGGAACCAAAGCCUUUUGCAUCUGAUGCAAAUCUAGGUGGACCUAUUGUUGUUCCUACAGCAGGAGAGGAGCAGUCUGUAGAAGCAAAUCACUCAGUCAUGGGAAUUACUGUGAAAGAGAGCCAUCACUUGCAAGCAGAGGAGUGUAAUAAAAGGCCAGCCUUUUUGGAUCUGCCAAAGAACGAUCGCAACAAAGACAAUAGCUUACAGCAGCAAAGUGAUCAAAAGAAACUGCUUUCAUCAUGCCAGUGCCUAAGCUAUGAAAUAGUGAAAGGCUUGGACAGAAUUACUUUGCAGAAUACUUCAAAAAAUGAACAGUAUUACAAAACAGGGUGCGUAAUGAAGAAAGAAAGCAAAACUAGCCUUACCUCACUCACUUGUAAUAAACCUUGCCAGCAUGUUUCAUCUUGCGGAAGUGUUCUGUUUGAGGGACGAUCUGUCCAGCUGGGAAAGCUGUGCUUCACGGGUGUUGAUCCUGAGGAAGAGGAUGAUUCCAGCUCACAUUCAUCCGGGGAGCAAGUGAUUCUUGAGGUGCCUGAUAUAUUGCCACUCCAUGACCCUGAUCUUUAUAUUGAGAUUGUGAAAAACACUAAGUCUGUCCCUGAAUAUUCAGAAGUGGCUUACCCAGAUUACUUUGGUCACAUUCCACCUCCAUUUAAGGAGCCUAUCUUAGAAAGACCUUAUGGUGUGCAGAGGACAAAAAUAUCCCAAGAUAUUGAAAGACUGAUUCAUCAGAAUGAUAUUAUAGACAGAGUCAUUUAUGACCUUGAUAAUCCCAGUUAUUCAGUGCCAGAAGAGGGGGAGAUUUUGAAGUUCAACUCCAAAUUUGAGUCUGGAAAUCUGCGCAAAGUUAUUCAAAUUAGAAAAAACGAGUAUGAUCUCAUUCUGAACUCAGAUAUAAACAGCAAUCACUAUCACCAAUGGUUUUAUUUUGAAGUCAGUGGAAUGCGGCCAGGCAUUGGUUACCGGUUUAACAUCAUCAACUGUGAAAAGUCGAACAGUCAGUUUAAUUAUGGUAUGCAGCCCCUCAUGUAUUCUGUUCAGGAGGCGUUAAAUUCCAGGCCAUGGUGGACUCGUGUUGGGACAGAUAUUUGUUACUAUAAGAAUCACUUCGCUAGAAGUUCAAUUGCUGCUGGUGGUCAGAAAGGAAAAUCCUAUUACACAAUUACAUUCACAGUGAACUUCCCACAUAAGGAUGAUGUCUGCUACUUUGCUUACCACUAUCCAUAUACGUAUUCGACUUUAAGGAUGCAUCUUCAGAAACUGGAAUCCAUGCACAACCCUCAGCAGAUCUAUUUUCGACAAGAUACUCUGUGUGAGACACUGUCUGGGAACAGCUGCCCUUUAGUCACUAUCACAGCCAUGCCAGAGUCAAAUUACUUUGAACAUAUCUGUCAGUUCAGGAAUCGUCCUUACAUUUUCUUAUCUGCUCGUGUGCAUCCUGGAGAGACUAAUGCAAGCUGGGUUAUGAAGGGAACAUUGGAAUAUCUUAUGAGUAAUAACCCCACUGCCCAGAGUUUACGAGAAUCCUAUAUUUUUAAAAUUGUCCCUAUGCUCAACCCAGAUGGUGUCAUCAAUGGAAACCAUCGCUGUUCUUUAAGUGGGGAGGAUUUGAACAGACAGUGGCAAAACCCAAACCCAGACCUUCAUCCCACAAUUUACCAUGCCAAGGGCUUGCUGCAAUAUUUGGCUGCUAUAAAACGUUUGCCUCUGGUUUACUGUGAUUAUCAUGGUCAUUCUCGUAAAAAGAAUGUAUUCAUGUAUGGCUGCAGCAUCAAAGAGACGGUGUGGCACACUAAUGUUAGCGCUGCCUCUUGUGACCUGAUUGAGGACCUUGGUUAUAGGCUUUCUUUUUAAGACCUGUUGGAGUUUUUCUUUAGUGGGGACUCCAGGGAAUUGAGUCUGCAGCUCAUCAGGGAAUUGGUCGGAGGAAGAAGUCAAGGGGAAAAUCUCUGUGUUAGAUUUACUAAGCCUGACUUUGCAUACCCUCUGGGUGAGGGGGAGAGAUUAGAUCUCUCGGUACUUGUGUUUCCAGGACUGGAAGCAGGGAAACUUCUAGGGUCAUCCAGGGAGGGGAGCCUGGGAGGAAGUAACAAGGAAACAAGGGGAGGAGGUUAUUUCCCUUUGUUAUAAGACUCAAGGCAUCUGAAUCUUGGGGUCCCCCAGAGAAGGUUUUGGGGAGACCACAGUGAGCUAGGCACUGUUUAAUUCCUAGCUGGUGGCAGCCAUACCAGGUCCAAGCUGGUAACUAAGCUUGGAGGUUUUCAUGCUAACACCCAUAUUUUGGAGGCUAAGGUCCAGAUCUGGGAAAAAAUGUUAUGACACAUGGUAUAGAGUAUGAUUACAGUGUCCUUCUGCAAUUUGCAUGCACAGUACAAAAACAAUUCCCUGACUUCCAUAAUAUGUAACAGAUUAUUUUUUCAGACAUUUUUCAAAUAACUUCCACAACUUUGUGUACACACUGUGCUGCUUUACAACAUCUAUGCCCACUUAAAACUAUCACUAUUUUUAUGUUUGUGAAUGUUCUUGAACAUCUAAUAGAAUAAUAGUAUUCAAAUAUAAAAGAACAGGUAUAUCAUUUUGUUUACCUUUUAAAAAAGUCAGUUAUAGUAUAGAUAUAAUUACCUCAGUAUUUGUAGCAUUGUGUAUGCUUCCCUACUUUCUCAUAUACACAGGAUACCUCAGAAAUACUACACAUACUAAGAAACAUUAUUUAAUUGGUUUAAUUAUCUAAGACAAUUUGGAAGUGUAAGGGUGACUGCUGUAGUGGGAAAAAAACAACUGAGUAAACUUCUGAAAACAGAAAAGCAUUCUGGAAUCUAGGAAGGUAUUUGGACAAAGUAAUCAGUAAUGUGAUACUUAACCUGUAGCACUAGAGCUACCUAUGGUUCUAACAGAGUCCAGGGAUCUAAUUAUAGCUCUUCUUUCUCUGCCUAGCUUCAUGCAAAGUUAAUAGAGUGCCAGUCAGAGGAGUACUCUUUAUAUGUCAGGGAGUGCCAAACACUUGGAUUAGAUCACUGUCGUGUAGCCAGGAAGGGAAAACAAAGAAAAACACCUUGUUCCCUCUGAGAAGGAGGGAUAUAGACAAGAGAGUCAACAGUCAUAAAAUAAUGGCAAAUAAUCAUUCAUUUGACACAGCUGAUUGUUUUAUUUUUAUUCUUCUAAUUAAACAAGACAAAAAAGUAUUUCAUUAAACAAAAAUGAAAGAAUUAAUUCAGCUUUUCAAAACAUUAUUAUUAACUGGGCUAACAAACUAAGCAAUAUUUUAGUAGCUUUUUGUGAAAAAUGUUAAGCUAUUAACAGAAUUAUGAACACUUUUCCAUAUUUUCGUAUCGCAAACACUUUUGUCGUUCACUUUAUUCACUUCAUUGAUGGAUUUAGAUCAGUUAUUACAAUCAAGGCUAGUAGCAGUGCCUAUUAUUAAGGCUGCUGAACACUUCUCAUUGUUAGAUCCUGUUUUCACUUGCUUACAAAACUUUACCCAUUCGAUUUGAAAUUUUCCAUGAGGAUCUCUGCCUCAUUCUUAAUUAUUUUGGAAAAUUUCAGACUAAAAAGUUGAGCCAUUUUUGAUAAUGAAGCUAGGGAAAAUACAUUCUGCUCAUACUAAAUUUGCAAACUUCCCCCACCCCCCUUAGAAACUCCUAUGCAGGAGUAGAGUCGUAAAAUUAGGGGAUGGCCUUUGUGUCAAGGAUGUGACUUUUUCUAAUCCCCCUGAAAAUCCACCCAAGUUAUAAGCCUCGGAAAGAGUGCAAUUUGCUAGAUUUGCUAGAGCUUCACAACUAAAUUCCCAGAAGAUUCCAUGAGCACUAAGCAUGCUCCAGUCUGAGGCUGUGAGGAGAUGAACAGAACUGUCUGUAAUUGUGACUCUGGGUUGCUGCAGCCUGUGCAAGGUCCAGACCCUGGAACAGAGAGCAGGGUAACUCUCUGGCUCUAUGCCCCUCCUGCUGGCACCUAGGUAACAUGGAAGAGGCACUUGAUCUGAAUGCAGAGGGAGCAAGAGCUAGACCUGGUGGGAGAUUGGGAAUGGGGGGAAGGGGAAGGAAUAGAUUGGAAUAAGGAGCCUGGGGAAGAGUGGGGAUUGGGACUGGAGACUGGUAGGGUUAGGAUAUGAGGGGAAAACUAGGAGUUGGGGUGGAGGAAGUCUACAGUUGGCUGGGUAACGAGAAUCUGACUGGGAGCUGGGUGAGAGAAGAUUGGGACUAGGAGCCAGUGGAUUGGAGGAGACUGAGACCCAACUAGGAGCCAGUGGGAAUACUGGCACUGUCUGGGCAAAGAGACAGACUGGAAACACUAAAUAGUUGCUCGUUAUGUGAGCACCAUUCAUCUUGUGCACUGAAAGGGGCAGAGGUCCUGUGGAAAAAGUAGUAUAUGAUCAUGUAGUUAGACUGUUUCAUACUGCAUGCGCACAAGGGGCUGUAUUAAGGUUGCAUGGAUAGCCUUAAUUCUGGAAAUUCCAAAAUUUGAGUGCUUGAAUUUGCAGCCAUAAUGUUCUUUUAAUGUAAUUUUUGCUGUAUAAUAUUUCCCAGUACGUUUAGUGCAUAAAUCUAUUUGAUAAGGAUUUUUAAAUUAAGAGUUCAGAAUAACCUUUUUUGCACAGUCACAAUGACUGUAAAAUAAUCUUUCCUGAAAAUAAGCUGCUUAUUGUGUAGUUUCACUGCCACCUUGUGGCAAUCACAAAAAUAUAAAAAUUUUUUCUUUGUUACUUUGAGGAUGACUUUUUUUUUUUAAAGGAGGCCCAAUAUCUGCACCUGUUUGCAUACCUACUUUUUUCUUCACAGUUAUGCUCACCGAUCAGGUGACUGCACUUGUUAGAUUCAUAACUAGCCAUUUACCUGUACAAACAGUUAUGCAUGCUUUUUGGUGCUCAGACAUGUUUAAAAAAAAAAAAAAUCCAACUGCUACUGGAUUGUUUCCCUUACAAUUUCUUAGCUGGUUGAUUAUUUACAAUUUCAUUAUCCACCUCAGUCACUUAAAUCCUGUCUACACUAUGAAAUUUCAGAUACUUGCACCAGUUUUAGUAACAAUAUAAGUAUUGUUAUAGACUAGCCUCUUGAAUUUUUUGACAAGGGCUGAAAUUUCUAAGCCGAGUCUAUAUCAGUGCUUGAACCAUUUGCUAAUGAAAAUGGGUACAGAAUUUUUAUAGAAGUGCAGUGUCCAUAUCGCUAGAAAUGGAGAGAGUCGUCCUAUUGUAUGGCCGAACAAAUUAAAAUAAGUUGAAAACAUAACUUUUUUGCAUCUAUCGCAUGCAGCAACAUAUUUUUGACUGACGUGCAAUCAUUUCUCUGAACUUUCCAAGAGUGAAGGAUAAGGGUCAAAAAGAAAAAGAUCUGCAAGUGAACAGCUGAAGUUAGUGUAAUAUUUUUCAGCUACAGAAGAAUUGAAGAUACCAAAUACUGUUUAGCACUUACACCAAAACCUCAUAUUUUAAAUGUACAUAUAACAACAGUUGAGGUUUAUAGGGUGAGUUGUUAUCUCUGGCAUAAUUUAAUACAGCUGCUCCCAGUUUUCUUAUUUUUAAGGACAGAUGCCUUAGGCGAUCACCUGAUAUUUGAAAUGCUAUUCUAUUAGGUAGGAUUUUCAAAUCAUGUAUGAAAAUCACUCUCAAGCCUCCUUGUUUAAAUAAACCUGUUAUAAACAGAUGGUUACGGGUUAUUGUCUCUUUUACCUGUAAAGGGUUAAAAAGUUCACCUAGCCUAGCUAACACCUGACCAGAGGAACCAAUGGGGGAACAAGAUGUUUCAAAAGGAAGGAGGGAAGUUUUUCUUUUGUUUACAGUUUCAGUUUCAGGCAGAGUGAAAAAGAUCAAGGAACCAGACUCUUAUCAGAGUAGUAAGUUUUAGAAAGGAAUAAAUAGGUUUAUGUUUAUUUCUUUGUAACCAGUCUUAUGCAAUUAGAGGUAGAAUCAAAUUGGGUAUUUGAGUAUUUUUUUGUUUAACUAAAUUUGUGCCCAGGGGAACAUCCUCUGUGUUUUGAAUCUGUUUGUAAGAGUAGCUGGUAUGCUAAUCUGUCCCAGAGGGUUUUCUUUUACCUUUCUUUUCUUUAAUUAAAAGCCUUUUUCUUAAUACCUGAUUGAUUUUUCCUUGUUUUUAGAUCCAAGGGGAUUGGAUCUGGACUCACCAGGGAAUUGGUGAAGGAGUCUCUCAAGGCUACUCAGGGGGGGACGCUUUUGGGGGGAAAGGGAGUGAUCCAGACACUGAAAAUUCUGGAUGGUGGCAGUGAUACCAGAUCGAAGCUAGUAAUUAAACUUAGAAGUGUCCAUGCAGGUCCCCACAUCUGUACCCUAAAGUUCAGAGUGGGGAAGGAACCUUGACAAAACCCUACAUCAAAAUUAUUUCCUAAGUGGCAUAAUCCCAAUGCAGUUUAUCUAUAUAAUGUACUCAGUGCUUCAGAGCACUGGGCUGAAAUGUUGCUGAAUAGUCUCUUCAUAAUAGUGCCUUUUUACGUACCUUUUUACUAUAGCAAUUUUGACUAAUGCUUGUAGUUUUAGUUAGAAAACUACAAAUGAUAACAUCUGAAUAAGUCACCAAGUCCAUAUCAAGUUGAUGUGCUGUAUGUAUGAAAAAUAGAGGAAUUAAUUUAAAGGCACAAUUUUCAAAUAAAGCCCCGGUUCAACAUAAGCCUGACCCAAAGCUUUUUGAAGGCUAUGGAAAGACUCCAAUUGACUUCAUUGGGCUUUGGAUCAGGCCCAAAUGCUUACACAUGUUAACUUCCGGCCUAUCCCUGUUCAGCAAAGCACACAUGGUAAACUUGCACUGACUUUAAAUUUUAGAAUUAAACGCACAUAGUUAAGUGUUUUGGUCCCCAAUCUAGCAAACAAUUGAAACAUGUACAUAUACACUUAAGCCGGUGAAUAGUUCUGUUAAAGUUGAAUUUAUUCACAUGCUUUAAAGUUAAACAUACACUUAAGUGCUUUGCUGAAUCAAUGUCAGAAAUACUAUCUAGUAUUUUAAAAUACAGAACUUCCUAUACGUUAGACUAUUGAAACUGAAUAUUAAUCUAAAUUACAUUUCCCUUUUGCACUUCACUCAGCUGCAAUAACAGGACCACCCAGAGGUGGGGAGGCAAUUUGCCCCCAGAGGAGUUUUUCGGGGCCCCUGGAGUGGGGUCCUUCACUCGCUCCAGGGGCCUCGGAAAACUCUUACGGGGCCUGGGCUCUUGGAGCUUCUUCCGCUCCAGGUCUUCGGCAGCGGGGAGUCCUUCCGCUCAAGGACCCGCAGCCGAAGUGCCUCGAAGACCCGCGGCGGGGGGUCCUUCUGCCCUGGGACCUGCCGCCAAAGUGCCAGGUCUUCGGCGGCAAUUCGACGGCGGGAGUUCUCCGCAGAGGAAGACGCCAGGCCCCCUGAAUCCUCUGGGCGGCCCUGUGCAACAAUGAAACCAAAUUAGUCAUGCAUAUAGUCAAAUCUUUUUUCUACUAGACACUUAAUGUUCUAUUUUUUAUUCACUUGACUCACAUGCUAUUUUAAUAACUGGGUUGCAAACGCUACCAGGGAAUUUUUGAAGGUGGGGGAAGAAUGAAUCAGUUGGGGUUCUUGGCACUUUUUAAUAAUGAAAACAUUACUUUGGAUGGAUUUUGCAAACUUUUUUUUUUUAAACUGGAAUUUGAGAUCUGAACUGUCUGAUUAAUAUACUGCGGUUUCACUUUUUCGUAAAAACAAAUUGAGUCUCUUUCAAAUUACUAUCCUAUAGACUCUUCCUAAGAUUCUCAGUCAGAUUGCCCCAACAUUCAGCAUGAGCAGCUGCAGUUUUGUAGUGGAAAAGUCCAAGGAAUCGACAGCGCGU